AUGUUACAAAUCGAAUCAUUCUACGGCACUCUCGAAAACGAAUCAGAUUGCAUCGUCCUCAUCGACAUGGCUCGCAACGGUCUCAUCCCGAGAAUCCAACGCAGGCUCACAUCCGAUGAACGCAGAGCCAUUCGCCACGGCAGUGUCUUCGUCUACUGUGAGGAAGAAAGCGCCAUCCGAAGAUGGACCGAUGACAUGGCAUGGUCCCCAUCACGUAUUCAAGGCGCAUUCAUGGCAUACAAGCAAAUGCUUGCUACAAGUCCAAUGAUAAAAAAGACAUACUCUGCAACAUGUGCCAGUAGAAACUUCCAUAUAGUUGCAUACUCUACCGCAUCAGAUCGCCAUCCAGCUCUUCCUUCGCCAUCCUUGCUCUAUACUGCUUCUCGCUUACCAACAGACAUCCGAAUCAAGAAAAAACUUUCAUUCAGAACUAUCGACCUUCCUCGCCCACACAUCGAGCAUCCUGAAACACACGAUGACUUCGCACUAGGCACAUACUGGUAUUAA